AUGAUACGAACAUCUAUUCUACUUAGAAGUAGGCUAGUCCAAAGAACAUCUAUAAACAUCCAUUCCAAACUACCAGUUAUAUCUCUUUUAAGAUUCAACUCAUCAACUUCAUUCGCAUAUAUCAAUGAUUAUGAUAAAUUAUCUCAAAAAGUUCAAGAAACAAUCACACCCACCACCGAACCAGAAACAAUAAUUGAAGCACUUAAAGCCUGUAAAUCACUUCAAAUCAAUUAUCCAAUCCAAGACCAACUUGAUUCAAAUUCAAAAUUAACCAAAGAAUCAAUUCAAAUCGUUGAUGAAAUCUUUAAUCAUGAGGUCAAAUUCUCUCCAUCAUUAUUGAAAGAUAUCUUAUUAUUAAACCUUCCUACUGAACUUAAUCUUAAGAUAAUCAAUCAUUAUUAUCGAUUAAACCCCGGGAAUACAACUAUUGUUAAUAAGGAAACCGCAUUGGUUGCUUUGAGGAAUGCAUUAUUUAAUGCUGAUUUUGAACGGGCAAUUAAAUUAACUGAUAUAACAGUUGGUCAUCCAAAUUAUAUUCUCAAGAAUCAUCAAAUUUUUAAAAAGGGUGCUAUUCAAUUAAUCUCAACCGCUGUGGGUAUAACCUUAUUCACUAAAUUUGGUACUCAUAUAAUUAUAGAUUCAGGAUAUCUUCCACCGGUAUUUGAUCAUCUUGCAUCAUUAAAUUCAAUUAUUUUAACUUAUCUUUUCAAUUCCACAUUUUUCAUCACGAUUGUGAAAUUGGGUAGACAAAUGGUUUCAUCCGGUGGUGAUUAUUUAGCAUGGCAAAAAGGGACAUUCUAUACUCAUUGGUUUAAGCAUGCUGAUGAAUUAUUAUUUAGUGCCAAAAUAGUAGAAGCUGAUCGAGAUUUAAAUCGUGGGGAAUCUAAUCCAGAAAUAUUGAAUGAAUUAUGUAGACCGGCUCCUAAAAAUUCACAAAAUGAAACGUCAUUGACUCCUGGGUAUACUAGAGAUGGAGAAAAGAUCAGAUUACUUGCUGCAAAAGAUAGUUUGGAAGAUAUUAAGUUUCAAGCAUAUUGGAUGACUGGUGGGGAUGGAUUUGAAUGGGUGGAACCAGAUCAAGAUCCAGCGGAUAUUAAAUGGAAACAGCAUAUUGAUAAUUAUCAUGCUGCUGGGGUUGAUGGGACUAAGAAUUCUGGUGCUUUGAAAUGGGCUGAUGAAUUGAUUGAAAAGUCAGACAAUUGA